ACCACAAAAAAAUCCCAGGAUGCCCCAGAAUGCAGUUUCUUUUCUUCAUGACGUGUUGUAAAGCACGUCAGCUGCUCCUUGUUGCUGUGCAGAUCACCCAACAUCGGGUCACUGAGAGAGACGGCAGCGCUCGCUCACACAGCUGAUAGGAUUAGGAGAUGGUGCUUUGUCAGCCCUGAUUGAGUCCCAGACAGCCCCAGUAUUCGCAGGCAUCAGCGAAUAUUGGAUGGCCUGGACCUGACCUAGCUGCCCUUUGGAAAGUUCUGCUUCAUCAGCUGGGUACAGCUGUUUUGUUUUCUUCAUCUAAACCUCGCAGCUACCCUUCAGGUGCCUCCUCUUGGAAGGCGGCGGUGGCGCGGGGAGCUGGUGGCGAGCGGCGCGAUGGGACCCCUCCGGGAGAGCAAGAAGGAGCAGAGAAUGCAGCAUCAGGAGAAGGAAAUUUCCAGAAGUCGGAUCCCCCGGUUGAUUCUUCGACCUCAUCUGCCCCAGCAGCAGCACAAGGUGUCCCCAGCCUCAGAGUCUCCCUUCUCUGAGGAGGACAGCAGAGAGUUCAACCCCAGCAGCUCUGGACGUUCAGCGAGAACCAUUAGCAGCAACAGCUUCUGCUCAGAUGACACAGGCUGUCCCAGCAGCCAGUCAGUAUCCCCUGUGAAGACUCCCUCGGACUCGGGGCACAGUCCCAUUGGCUUUUGCCCUGGAAGUGAUGAAGACUUUACCAGGAAGAAAUGCAAAAUUGGAAUGACUGGUGAUGGAAAUGCCCAGACAGCUCGAUAUAAGAAGGAAUCAAAGGGAGGCAUCAUGAAGCCUGGUAGUGAAGCAGAUUUUAGCUCGUCCAGCAGCACAGGCAGCAUCUCGGCUCCUGAGGUUCACAUGUCUACUACCGGAAGCAAGCGGUCCUCUUUCUCACGCAACCGAGGCCCCCACGGACGGAGUAAUGGAACAGCAUCCCACAAGUCUGGCAGCAGGCCACCAUCCCCACGGGAAAAGGACCUUCUGUCUAUGCUGUGCAGGAAUCAACUGAGCCCCAUCAACAUCCACCCCAGCUACGCCCCUUCUUCUCCAAGCAGCAGCAAUUCGGGCUCCUACAAAGGAAGUGACUGUAGUCCAGUCACGAGGCGGUCUGGAAGGUACAUGUCUUGUGGAGAAAAUCACGGUGUCAAGCCCCCAAAUCCAGAACAGUAUUUGACACCUCUGCAGCAGAAGGAGGUCACAGUGAGGCACCUGAGGACCAAGCUGAAGGAGUCGGAGCGCCGACUUCAUGAGAGGGAAUCUGAAAUCAUGGAGCUCAAGUCUCAGCUGACUCGCAUGAGGGAAGACUGGAUUGAAGAAGAGUGCCACCGGGUGGAGGCUCAGUUGGCACUCAAGGAAGCCAGGAAAGAGAUUAAACAGCUCAAACAAGUCAUUGAAACAAUGAGGAGCAGCUUGGCUGACAAAGAUAAAGGCAUUCAGAAGUAUUUUGUGGACAUAAACAUUCAAAACAAGAAGCUGGAGUCUCUGCUUCAAAGCAUGGAGAUGGCACACAAUGGUUCUCUGAGGGAUGAACUGUGUCUAGACUUUUCCUUUGAUUCCCCAGAGAAAAGCUUACCCCUAAGCAUCCCAUUUAACAAGAUGGCAGAUGGAUUAUCGCUGGAAGAGCAGGUCACAGAGGAAGGCGCUGACAGUGAGCUGCUGGUGGGAGACACCAUGGCUGAUGGCACAGAUUUGUUGGAUGAGAUGGUGACAGCCACCACCACAGAUUCCGGUGACCUGGAGUUUGUUCACUUGAUCCCAGGGUCAAAAGCCUUCAAGGCUGUUCCUUUGGAGGUGGGCCAGGAGGAAGGCAGCAUGGUGGUGGAGCAGGCAGUGCAGACGGAUGUGCUGCCCUACAGCCCUGCCAUCCCAGAGCUCAUUCAGAGUGUACUAAAGCUUCAGGACUCCUGUCUCACGAGCUCAGGAUCCCCAGAUGAGUCUGGAGCCGACUCCAUGGAAAGCUUCCCAGAAUCUAUCUCUGCCUUAAUGGUUGAUUUAACUCCAAGAAGUCCCAACUCAGCCAUCCUCCUGUCUCCUGUGGAGACUCCAUUCAGCAAGGCAGCUAUGGAAGCCCGUGCGAAUCGCCUCAUGAGAGAGCUGGAUUUUGCUGCCUACACAGAAGAAAGGUUGGAUAGCAUCCUCUCACUGUCUCAGGGGGGUGUUGUGAGGCAGUACUGGAGCAGCAGUUUCCUGGUGGAUCUCCUGGCUGUGGCUGCUCCUGUGGUACCCACUGUUCUAUGGGCAUUCAGUACUCAGAGAGGGGGAACAGAUCCUGUCUACAAUAUCGGAGCCUUGCUCCGGGGCUGCUGUGUGGUGGCCUUGCAUUCACUCCGCCGCACAGCCUUCCACAUGAAAACCUAAUUAGAAGUUGUUACUGUGUGCCAAUGUGUCCUGUGUGGCGUUGUGCCAGGUAGAGAAAGAGCAGGUGGAUCUGUGGCAGUCUCUAUUCUGUCGUGUUGCUCCUCGGUAUUUGAUUUGCACUAUAGUUAGUUGAAACCUGUUCACUCUGUAAAACCAGAGGUAUCUUCAAAGGCAUGGAGACCUGGUUCCAGUAAAUGUCCCACCAGAGUGGUGUAGAAAGCAUGCUCAUGCCCCUGCCGUGUCGUCUGAGGUGCCCCUUCUACUAGUGGUUCAGGAAGAGAAAAUGCAGUUUGCACUUUCACCACAGCCUCUAAGGCUGGCAUGCUAUCUCCUUGCUUUGCUUUGUGCCGAUUUAAAAUGUGUAAUUGUUCCAGCACUCCAAUGGUCUUGUGCAUAGCAGGGGACUGUAACCAAAAAUAAAAAUGUAUUUGUGUAAUUGGUUCAAAGAAGUCUUGAAUAGCUCUUUAGUAUCUUAACUUGGGGUUGAUAAGGUUUGAAUGUUUGCAAUUUUUUACUAAGUGUAGCUUCAAAGUCUUAAAUGGCUUGUUUGUUUUUAAACCUGUUAAUUGAUGAAACUGUUAUGUAAAUUGACAAUGUACUAACUUAUUUUUUGCUUAUUAUAUAUAGUGUUUUAUUGGAAAUUGUUUGUAAUCACACACUUCAGCAUGAUGAAAAUAAAGAUUUGUGUUUCAAUUUAAAUAAAUGUUUUAUCCUCCUAAAUUA